AUGACUGGAGCUUUGAGGGGCUCAGGCCCCCCUGAGGCAGGAGGAGAGAGGAAGUCCAAGGAAAGAUGUAGUCUUAGAGAUACCCACAAACACAAUACCCAGAAGUCUCUAGAGCUUAUGCUUAAGGCCUACAUGGCUGGCAGUCACCCCUACUUCAACCUGCCUGACUUCACCCAGCCAUCACCAUCUUCCAGUCCGCCCGGCCUCCCUUCGAACCAGCGCUGCCGGCCCUCCGAUGCCACCAAAGGCCUGCUUGUAGCCCUGCUGGGUGGGGGCCUGCCUGCUGGCUUUGUGGGUCCUUUCUCCCGUAUGGCUUACCAGGCUUCCCACUUGCCCUCACUGGAGCUGCUCAUCUGUAGAUGCCUCUUCCACCUUCCCAUUGCCCUGCUACUUAAGCUUCGUGGUGACCCUCUCCUAGGACCACCUGAUUUCCGGGGGCGGGCCUUCCUCCAUGCUCUGCUCAAUGUCCUCAGCAUCGGAUGUGCCUACAGUGCAGUUCAGGUGGUGCCUGCUGGCAAUGCUGCCACAGUUCGUAAAGGUUCUUCCACCGUGUGCUCUGCCCUGCUCGCACUUUGCCUCGAGAGCCAGGGUCUCAGCGGCUAUGACUGGUGUGGCCUGUUGGGCAGCACCUUGGGACUGAUCAUUAUUGUGGGACCUGGACUAGGGACACUGCAGGAGGGAACCACCGGCCUCUACACAGCCCUGGGCUAUGUGCUAGCUUUCCUGGGAGGCCUGGCCUUGUCGCUGGGGCUUCUGGUCUACCGUUCCCUGCACUUCCCCUCCUGCCUACCCACAGUGGCCUUCCUAUUUGGCUUGGUGGGGUUAAUUGGCUGUGUGCCAGGACUGUUUGUGCUGCAGACCCCCGUGCUACCUAAUGAUCCUCUGAGUUGGAGCUGUGUGGGGGCAGUAGGGAUCCUUGCCUUGGUCUCCUUUGUGUGUGUGAGCUAUGCAGUCACCAAGGCCCACCCAGCUCUGGUGUGCGCUGUCCUGCACUCUGAGGUAGUGGUGGCCCUCAUGCUGCAGUAUUAUGUGCUCUAUGAGACUGUGGCACCUUCUGACAUCAUGGGAGCAGGAGUUGUGUUGGGUAGCAUUGCCAUCAUCACCGCCCAGAACCUCAGCUGUGAGAAGCAAGGGCAGGUGGAAGAGUGAGAUCGAACUUGAGAGUCUGGGGACUUUGGGGGGGCAGGGGUAAAUAGGAGAGACGAAUACAAACAUGGGAGAACAAGUGCCUGGAAAAGAACUGAUAUGGGGAUUCAAGUGUGACUGGGGACUUGGUGGAGAGGGAUACCUGGAAGAUGGAAAACAAGUAUGGGAUCCAAGGGAUAGGGCAUCUCAUCUGGGCCUUGGGAAUCCCGACAUAACUAAGGAGUGUUCUUAGUUACAAGGGGUCGAGGCAGGCUAGCUGUGGGCCAUGGGGAGAAUUUCCCUGGGCAGCAGAAAGACGAGCAAUGGGGCUGGAGUGUGCAGGUGGUCAGGCAGCUAGGCGGCAGCUGCUGGGGGGAGGGGAGGACGGUUUUCCUCCCUCGUGGCGCCCCCCCCCCCAUGGUGACGUGACACUAACAUCAAACAAGGAUCACUGGAUAUUUGGCUAGGCAGUGGGUGUCAUCUCUCUUUGCCAGGAGAGUGGAAGUCCUACAUGGCUCUUCCUGGAGAAUCCCUUGGGAUCCCCGCCUCCCAGUCGGUGGAGGCUUUCCUAAGUGUACCGAUUCCUCGGUCCCUAACGUUCCUAGGACUUUCGCAUCCCUCCCAGGGCUAAUCUGUUUUUCCCCCGCGGUAGUAGCGGUCCCGUGAUCUCUCCAGGACAGCAGCCAGCCGUCCUUCCACAAAGCAGGCUCCAGAGCUGACGCUUCUCCGAGCGGCUCAGACUGGGUGAUGGGGUCCGAGGCUCGGUACAAUCACUCCAGCAGAGUCCAGAUGUCCACUGAUCCCCCCCGGAGGUCGCUCGACAACCAGCG